UGUAUCAAAGAAGAAUACAAAGGUGUCCUGAAAGAAAAAAAAAUUAUCACCUGCUGCAAUUCUAUAAGACAACUUAUCUACAGAGCGAAGUUGUUUGUAAAUUACUAUAUUUUACAAAAUCUCAAUGAGCCUGCCCCACGGUUCAUUUUUAAGCAACAAGUUUGGUAUACUAUAUGCCAAUUGGUCAAUAACAAAAGGCCUACCAGUAGCACUGUAGUCAGUCCAAAUCUUUUACAGCAAUGGGAUAACUUCAAAAGAGAAAACCCUAAGGCAUGCCAUGCCGUAGCUUUAAUAAGCGGUGCAAGUCAAUGUCUGGCUGAGGCGUGUACAGAGGUAGCUACCUCAUAUCAGAAUGCAAUCGUCGAGACCUUUGAAAAUAGAUUGAUUUAUUAUCUUCGGUACAAGAUUCAAAUCAUGUUUGUGAGUAUGAAUCGAAACGACGUUCAUAAUAUUGCUGUAAAAUAUUGUUAUCAAUAUAUCUGUCAAGGGAAUCCAGUGUGGCCAACAAGUGAAACUGUAAAUGAUGAUACAACAAGACAAAAAGUUGUUCAAUUUUGCCAGCCUCUGAGGGACAUUCUAAAUACCAAAGUAACAAUGAAAACUCUAUCGGAAUCCCCUGGUAGAUUUACUCCUUUAUUGAUACACUUGCUCUCUAUCAUUGAAUCUGAACACGACAACCAUUAUGAAUACGAUGUAAGAAGACUGUCUCUUCCGCGGCGAUUUAGUCUGCUCCCAACACCUUCCUUACACUGGCGUUCUAUAACUUUGUCAGUAAACGCAUUAUCUGCGUUUCUUCCUCGUGAAAAGUUGCCAAGAGGUUAUAAUGACCAACUUCGGCUCUUUUUUAAAGUAUUAAAGUUCCAGUCAUUGAGAAUUAAAACGUAA